GACGCGAGUAAACAUCAGAUUCUGUCAAAAAGAUUGUGGAAAAAAAUCUUAACUCUUCGGAAAACUUGAGAUUUUAACAGAAAAUCAGUAAAAAUACACUACUUUCUCUAAGUUUCGUCAAUUUGUGGUAUAGUCCAAACUAAGUGCGAAGCAGACAAACCGGAAAAAUGGUCGUCCGCGAGUACAACGAGGAGCUGAAGUACAUCGAGAAGAUCUCGCCCAACAGCUACCUCAUCAAGAAGGGCUUCCAGCCGAACAUGAACGUGGAGGGAAUCUUCUACGCCAACAGCAAGCUGGAACGGCUAAUGUUCGACGAGCUGCGUAAUUCGUGUCGUCCGGGAAUGACCGGCGGUUUCCUGCCUGGCGUAAAACAGAUUGCCAAUGUCGCCGCUCUGCCCGGCAUCGUGGGCCGAUCGGUUGGGCUUCCGGAUAUCCAUUCGGGGUACGGAUUUGCCAUCGGGAACAUGGCGGCGUUCGACAUGAGCAAUCCGGUUUCGAUCGUUUCACCCGGCGGUGUCGGCUUCGACAUCAACUGCGGCGUUCGUCUGUUGCGGACGAAUCUGUUCGAGAAGGAUGUAAAGCCGGUUCAGGAGCAGCUGGCCCAGAGUCUGUUCGACCACAUCCCGGUCGGGGUGGGAUCGAAGGGAAUCAUUCCGAUGAAUGCGCACGAUUUGGAGGAAGCGCUUGAGAUGGGAAUGGAUUGGUCCCUGCGGGAGGGAUACGUUUGGGCCGAAGACAAGGAGCACUGCGAAGAGUACGGUCGAAUGUUGAACGCUGAUCCGAGCAAGGUCAGCAUGCGGGCCAAGAAGCGAGGGCUGCCACAAUUAGGAACACUGGGAGCAGGAAAUCAUUACGCCGAGAUUCAGGUUGUGGAGGAGAUCUACGACAAGUUUGCCGCCAGCAAAAUGGGAAUCGAAGAGCUGGGUCAGAUCUGCGUGAUGAUUCACUCCGGAAGUCGCGGAUUUGGUCAUCAGGUCGCAACCGACGCACUGGUCGAGAUGGAAAAAGCCAUGAAGCGGGACAAAAUCGAAACCAACGAUCGGCAGUUGGCCUGCGCCCGUAUCAACUCGACCGAAGGUCAGAACUAUCUCAAAGCCAUGGCCGCAGCUGCCAACUUUGCGUGGGUCAAUCGCAGUUCCAUGACAUUCCUCACCCGUCAGGCGUUCGCCAAGCAGUUCAACACCACGCCGGAUGAUCUGGAUAUGCACGUGAUUUACGACGUGUCGCAUAACGUGGCCAAAAUGGAGGAACACAUGGUGGAUGGACGUCCCAAGCAGUUGUUGGUCCAUCGCAAGGGUUCCACCCGGGCUCUUCCGCCGCAUCACCCGUUGAUCCCUGUAGAUUAUCAGCUGACCGGUCAACCGGUUCUGAUUGGUGGUUCCAUGGGAACGUGCAGUUUUGUUCUAACCGGAACGGAGAAGGGUAUGGCCGCCACUUUUGGUUCCACCUGCCACGGAGCGGGACGUAGUUUAUCUCGGGCAAAAUCCCGUCGUAAUCUAGACUACAAGGAUGUCCUAAGGGAUUUGGAAGCGAAGGGAAUCGCUAUUCGGGUUGCUUCGCCAAAACUGGUCCAGGAGGAAGCACCGGAUUCGUACAAGGAUGUGAGGGAUGUGGUGCAGACUUGCCACGACGUGGGCAUCAGUUCUAAGGCUAUCAAAUUGCGUCCGAUUGCCGUUAUUAAGGGAUAAAAAGGACUCUAGAUUGUAAGUAAGUGCGGAAUGCAUUUUCGGCGAGUGGAUAUUUAAGGUAAUGUAACCAACUCAUUAUAUUCUCGUAAUAUAUGAAAUCUAAAGCA